AUGUCCCAUGCGAAGACUAGGGCCAUAUGCCCUUCUCACAGCGACAUUAUCCUACCAAUGCAAGACCCGUAUAUGACCCGAAUCAUCGAUGGAAGGAAGAACUACGAAUUUCGAAAAUAUUGCCUGAGACCUAGCGUGAAACGAAUCUGGUUCUAUCGAACUGCUCCACACUCUAGUACCACGCAUGUCUGCGAAACACUAUCUGCGCGGACGCGGAAUUCCGGCGAUCCUCCAUUAGAAGAAAACGGGUUGGGUAAUGCCGAAUUUAACAAUAGACACAAAGACUGGGAUGGCUAUGAUUUUUCCUACAACAUGGUCACUGUCUGUGAGCUCCGGCGGCCGAUUGCUUUGAAGGAAAUGAAGGAGAAGCAUGGUUUCAAAUUGGUACCGAGGGGUCUUGUCUAUCUACCCAAGUCGAUUAACGAUUGUAUUGAUUUGAAUCAGCAGAAGCUAGAGGAAUAA